AUGCCCUUGCAUGAACUGAUAGAUCGAAUGCCAGGGACGUUCCAGGAGGAGGAAGAGGAGGAGGAAGAAGUGGGUAACAGAACGCCCAACGUAGCAACAGCCUUCCAUGUGUCCUGGAAAUUCAGAAUAGCCUUGGCUGGCAAAAUAAGGUUCAGCUUCCUGGCAGCUUUCAGCAAGGCCUGCGGGGGACUGCAGGUCCCUUACUGCAGAGACUCGCAGGGGCUUGAAAACCGCCCUGUCAGCUUCGAUCAGCCUAGAGAAUCGUAUAGGAACUUGAGAAGAAAGGAGAAAAAGGAAAAAGCACGUCUUCGAGGCUCAUCGCAAAGUAUCCGCUGCGUCUUCGUGGACUGCCCUGGCCAACAAAAGAGACGGGUCUGCAUGAGGUGGCUGGUCUGCUCGUCUAGCCUCCCUGAUUUGGAUAUUAGAGGAUAUCCUAAGCCGCGAUAA